UCGGCUCGCGCCGUCAGCUCGCCAAAGCGAGCGCGAGGUCGGUGCUCGGGACGUUCGCUCGCCGCGCGAGCGAGCUAGGGAACCUUUUCCCGUAACGUUUGAAGUUUGAGUUGAAACUUUUUUAAUCGUUUAGCUAAUUUAUAGGGCUUAGCUCCGUUAACGGGAACCGAAAAAUCUUCACAAACUAAUCGGAGUAAGCGCGAGACAUGGAGCCCGAAGAGAACAAGAUCUCCGUGUGGGUUUGCCGCGAGGAGAAGCUCGUGUCCGGUCUGUCCAAGCGCACCACGUGCGCCGACGUGAUCAAGGUGCUGCUGGAGGAGCAGAGCUCCUCGGCGUGCCCGCGCUCCUACUGCAUCGUGGAGAAGUGGAGGGGCUCGGAGCGCGUGCUGCCGCACAAGACCAAAAUCCUGCGCCUGUGGAGCGCGUGGGGCGACGAGCAGGAGAACGUGCGCUUCGUGCUCGUGAGGAGCGAGGCGUCCCUGGCCGGCAGCGCGCCGCGGAGCGCGGAGGCGCGCGUCGUGCUGAGCCGGGACAGCCCCCGCGUGUGCCGGGCGAGCGCGCGCGCCUCCGCCGUCUCCACGGGCUCCUCGUGCGCCACUGCCUCUGCCGCCACCGCCACGGCCGCCACAGCUCUCACGCGCGAACGGCAGCGGCGGAUCGUCCGCAAAGCGUUCAGGAAGCUCGAGAGGAUGAACAGGAGGCGCGCGCGAGCCGUGGCCAAGGACGCACGCUCAGCCGAGAGGAUGGAGACGCUGGUGCACGUGGUGGUCUCGCAGGACCACACCAUCCGCCAGCAGAUCCGCAGGCUCGAGGAGCUCGACGCUGAGAUCGACCGGCACGAGGCGCGCGUGCACCUCGACCGCGUGAAGGCGCACGGGGCCAACUACGUGCAGGACACGUACCUGGUGGGCGCCGAGCAGGACGGAGGUCGCGAGGAGCGAGGGGGCGUGACCGCACGCCCAGAGGGAGUCGUCCUCGCGCUGCGGCUGGAGGAGUACGCGGACAAGUGCGAGGAGGUCGUGCGCUUGCACGAGGAGCUGGCCGAGCGCGAGGCUCUCGCGGCCAGCUUGAUGAGCCAGAUCGAGGAGGAGCUGAACCGGCGGUGGAUGGAGCGCAGGCGCGAGGAGCCUUCGGGAGCGGAGGACUCGCAGCUUGAGGAAGAACAGGUCAGAACCGAGCUGGACACGAGCCUUUACAUCGGCCUGAGGCUCAGCACGGACUUGGAGGCAGUCAGGAACGAGCUGGACCUGACUCACGAGAUCUGGGAAGCGAGGGAUAAAGAGCUGAGGGACCUGCUAGAGAAAGUGGACUCACUGGAGUUAGAGGAGGAGGACGAGGAGGAGGAUGAGGAGGAGGACGAGGAGGCAUGCGUGAGGAUGAAGGAUGUUGAUGGGACGGACACAGAGGGCCCCUCCGCGCAAAGCCCCAGCGGCUGGGUGGAGCGGGCCAGGGGCCUUUCUAAAACCUGCAAUAGCAACGACGACGACUCUGACACUGGACUGAGCUCCAUGCACAGCCAGGACUCGGACAGCGCGCCUGUUUGCGAGUCUUUAGUAUAGCAGCAGCAGCAGCUACGCUAAACAUGGCUGACAGAUAGAACAGGAUUCAUUGUGUGUAUAAAGGAAGACAUAAACACAAACGGUACCAACACUGAGGUUAUAAUAUGCACUUAAUAGGUCCAUCAGUCUGUAGUGGUUGGUAAAGCAUACUCUGGUUCAUCUUCCCUCCUGGGCAAGCCUGCGAUACCAAUAAGAGUCCUUGAGCAAGACUCCUAAUAUUACAUUAGCCGACCUCCGCAACACAAUCAAACUGUCAGUCACUGAAUAAGAGCAUCGGCCAAAUGCAUAAAUAGAAACGUACAGUUAGGUUUGGCUGCACUCUCAGAAAUAAAGGUAGUAAACUGUCACUGGGGCAGUCCCCCACUUAUCACUGGGGUGGAACCCUCAGGGAUACAUCUCAGUACCUUUAGUCAGGGAACAUAACUGA